CUCUUAUUUAUUGAUGAACAAAGAAUGACUUGGGCAAACUAUAGUGAUGUCACAGAGUUUAUUUUGUUAGGGUUUUCUGAUCUCCUUCAGCUACAGAUAUUGCUCUUUAUGAUAUUCCUCAUUAUGUAUAUCAUAACCUUGUUGGGAAAUCUCCUCAUCAUCUUGCUCACAACAACAGAUCCAGCACUUCAAAGCCCCAUGUAUUUCUUUCUCAGAAAUUUGUCCUUCUUAGAGAUUUGUUUCACAUCAGUUAUAGUCCCUAAAAUGUUGGUGAACCUCAUUUCAGAGAAGAAAGCCAUAUCUUUCCCUGGGUGUGUGAUUCAGAUGUGUUUCUUCUUCUUUUUUGGAAGUACAGAGUGCUUUCUCCUGGCGAUGAUGGCUUAUGACCGCUAUGUAGCUAUAUGCGACCCUUUACACUACUCUAUGACUAUGAAGAAGAGGAUUUGUAUCCAACUGGCCCUGUUUUCAUGGUUUUCAGGAAUUCCGGUGGGGAUCGUCCAGACAGCAUGGCUCUUUAGUUUCCCAUUCUGUGGUCUUAAUAAGGUCAAUCACUUUUUCUGUGACAGCCCUCCAGUGUUAAAAUUGGUCUGUGUAGACACUUAUCUGUUUGAGAUGUAUGCUAUCACAGGGACUAUUUUAAUUGUACUAUCCCCAUUUCUCUUAAUCCUGGUCUCUUACGUUCGCAUCAUCACCACCAUCUUGAGGAUACCAUCUGCUGCAGGCAGACACAAAGCCUUCUCCACUUGUUCCUCACAUCUUAUUGUGGUGACUUUGUUCUAUGGAACAGCUGGACUCACGUACUUCCGACCGAGAUCCAGUUAUUCUCCAGACACCAAGAAACUGUUAUCCUUAUCUUACACAGUCUUCACCCCCAUGCUGAAUCCCAUCAUCUACAGCCUGAGGAAUAAAGAAGUGAAAGGGGCCAUGAGGAGACUGUUGAGUAGAAAAACAUUGCAACUGAAGUUGUAA